CGCAAAACCACAUCGCAUCGCGAGCUCGGCCGGCGCACCACCUACCCUCCCCGUCCCCGGCUCCGCUGCCCCGCUCGCUCUCCGAUUCCGAACAGGCAAACCGCGUCGCCGCCCGCUCGCCCCGCGCUUCUAACCCCCACCCAACUCUGCCUCUGAUCCGACCCACCCACCCGCCCCGCGCCCGCGCGUUAAGUAUCCGCCUGCGUUCGUCCCCCCUCCAUCUGAUCUGGUUCCCACCCGCGGGCAUCACAUCCCCGCCGCCGCCGCCGCCGCCGCCGAAUCUCGCGCUCGCGGCGCGGGAUCUCGCGGGCCCCGGCCCCACGACCCGGCGGAUCGGGAUGAGAGUGGGGCGUCGGCGAUGACCGGCUCGGCGGCCUCGCUGGGCCUGCGGUCCGGGAGCUACGGCUCCCUCGCGGCCGCCGUCGGCGGCGGGAGGAAGGCCGGCGCCGCCGCCGCCUGCCGCCCGCUGCGCGGGGAGAAGGACCGCCUGCAGCUGCUGCACCGCGCGCUGCGGCUGGGCGGUCGCCGCAGGGCCGGCGUCCUGCUGCUGCUCGCCGUCGUGUCCGCCGCUGUCUUCUCCUCUCUCUUCGCCGUCGUCAAAGAUGACAGCAAUUCAAUCAGUAUCGUAAAUAAUUAUGAAGUACCAAAUGCCAUACAGAAGUCAGUGUAUCCCAGCACAACACGGCCUCUAAUGAUGUCUGGAAACCAAUACUCCACCAGUGUUGUCAACAAAAUCGAGCUUCCAAAUCGGCUUCAUCUUACGUAUGCAAACUUCACACAUCCUUGCGAAGGUUUCUCAGUCCCUCCUCCCCUGGUUGAUAAGAAACGCACUGGACCCCGACCAUGCCCUGUUUGCUAUGUUUCUGUGGAUCAGGCAUUUGCCUUGAUGCCCCUACAAGCUUCACCAUCACCUGUCGUAAAGAACUUAAACUAUGUAUCAGAAGAUGGUGUUACUGCAAAUUUAUCAAAUCUAGGAUCUGGAUUUGGAGGGCAUCCAUCUCUGGAGCAGAGAAACAAAUCUUUCAACAUUAAUGAGUCAAUGACUGUCCACUGUGGCUUUGUUAGAGGAAAGAAGCCUGGCCAAGGUACUGGAUUCGAUAUCAAGGAUGAUGAUCUGCUAGAGAUGGAGCAAUGCCGUGAGCUAGUCGUAGCUUCUGCUAUUUUUGGAAAUUAUGAUAUGAUUCAGCAUCCGAGGAACAUCAGUGAAUUUUCAAAGGCAAAUGCAUGUUUCUAUAUGUUUGUAGAUGAAGAAACAGAGGCUUAUGUCAAGAAUUCUAGUUCUUUGUACAAUAAUAAUAAAGUUGGACUGUGGAGGCUGGUGGUUGUCCGAAACCUCCCUUAUGAAGAUCCAAGGCGUACGGGAAAGAUUCCAAAACUUCUGCUCCAUAGGCUUUUUCCAAACGUGAAAUUUUCAGUUUGGAUAGAUGCAAAGCUUCAGCUUGUUGCGGAUCCCUAUCUCCUGCUUGAGAGGUUCCUGUGGAGGAAGAAUACCACUUUUGCAAUCUCUCGGCAUUACAAACGCUUUGAUGUGUUCGAAGAAGCAGAAGCUAACAAAGCUGCUGGAAAGUAUUACAACGCAUCCAUCGAUUACCAAAUAGAGUUUUACAGAAAUGAGGGCCUAACACAUUAUUCUCCUGCCAAGCUUCCCAUCACAAGUGAUGUCCCUGAAGGCUGUGUGAUCAUCAGAGAACACAUCCCCAUCACGAACCUCUUCACGUGCUUAUGGUUCAAUGAAGUUGAUCGCUUCACCUCCAGGGACCAAAUAAGUUUCAGCACCGUCCGGGACAAAAUCAGGGCUAGAGUUGGCUGGAUGCCCGAGAUGUUCAUGGACUGCGAGAGGCGCAACUUUGUCGUUCAGGCGUACCACAGAGAGCUACUGGAGCAGAUGAUUGCAUCAGGUAGGAUGCCCCCUUCGGGGGCUGUGGUGGUGACCGACGCAGCACCAUCUCGGAAAGUCCGGGCAGGUAGCAGGAAGGCUACUCCGUCGAAGAAGCCCUCCGUGAAGCGGAAAAAAGAGAAGAAAUCGAGCUCGCGACGGCGUCUCCCGAAACCCGUCGCCGGUGGUUUGGGUGCUAUGUGACCUAAGUUUUCGUCGAGUAGCAGAGUCUUGAUACUCCCACAGUCACACACUUAUACAGCGUGUACCGGAAUACAAACAAUGUUCCAUUACUUAGGUCUGGGGCUUGUAAUCGUGCCCCGGCGAAAUUUGUUCAUAUUACUCUUCAUCGUUGUUGUACAUAACAUCUCCAAACCAAUAUUCAAUUUUGUUCAUUGAUGUUA